AAGCUAAAAUAUGCUAAGCUAGCCGGCCAACCAGGAAGGAAGCGAGCCAGGAAGGGCGCAUCCCGGAUAGGGUCGGACAGACAGCUAGCUGGCUAGCUCACAUCAACGUAACCAUGGCAGUAAAUCUUAGCAAAAACGGCCCCACGUUAACAGCGGCGUAUCAAGAAGUCGUCAACGAAAAAUCCGAUACUAACUGGGCCUUGUUCACCUACGAGGGAAACAGCAAUGACAUCCGCCUAGUAGAAAAAGGAGAUGGAGGAUUGGAGGAGUUGGUGGAGGAGCUCAACAGUGGAAAAGUAAUGUAUGCUUUCUGUCGGGUCCAGGACCCGAACUCCGGCCUUCCUAAAUACGUCCUCAUCAAUUGGACGGGGGAAGGAGUGAACGAUGCCAGGAAAGGACUUUGUGCAAAUCAUGUGAGCUCCAUGGCAAACUUUCUUAAGGGGGCCCACGUGACCGUAAAUGCCCGAGCAGACGAGGACGUCGAACCCGAGGUGAUCAUGGAGAAGGUGGCCAAGGCCUCGGGAGCAAACUACAGUUUCCACAAAGAAGCUUCGAGUCGGUUCCAGGACAGCGGCCCUCAGGGUCCCGUGGGCUCUGUCUACCAAAAGACCAACGCCAUGUCAGAAAUCAGGAGAACCAACAAGGACACAUUCUGGGCGCAGGCGGAGAAAGAGGAGGAGAAACGUCGCCUGGAGGAGCGGCGCAAAGCAGAUGAGGAGCGCCAGCAUCUGGAGAAAGAGAGGAAGGACAGGGAAGUCAAGGAGGCGGCGCAGAGGGACAAGUGGGACAAAGAGAGGGCCGUUCAAAUUGAGCAACAGAAGAAGUACCAGCAGCAGCAGGAGGCCGAGAGCAGAGAGCAAGAGAAACAACGCUGGGAGCAACAGGGGGAGAUCCAGGAAGCCCAGAAGAAAGCAGUCCGACGAGGGGAAUCUGUGGAAAAGGCCAAUGAGGCCGCUUCCCUGAUUUCCCAGCGAGCUGUGAAUCCCAGAGACAUGUUCAAGCAGAGAGAGAGGGGAAUAACUCCCAGUGAUUCCGAUGUGCCUUCUGCCGCUAUCAGCCCCCAGCCAGGGCGCCUUCAAAGCCCAUUUCUCUCUAAGUACGAAAGCGAGCCAGCCGACUCGCCUCAGCGCCAAGCCUCUCCGGUGCCGGCAGGCUCCGCCCCCGCUGUCCACGCUGCAGAGCCAGAUGUCGACGACGGACAGUCCAGGUGUGAAUAUGACGCACAGGAGCCAGCCCCUGAGGAGGAUUUGAAAGAGGAAGUACCAGAGGCCAGCCCAAGCGUCCAGGAUCAUUUAUACGAAGAGCCCCCCCAGGUUGAGGAGAACAAUUAUGAGGUGACCGCUGAGGAGACAUCAGAUAGAGGAAUCUGUGCUCGGGCCUUGUAUGACUACCAGGCUGCCGACGACACCGAGAUCUCCUUCGACCCCGACGAGAUCAUCACCGGGAUCGAGAUGAUCGACGAGGGCUGGUGGCGAGGCUACGGCCCCGACGGCCAUUUUGGAAUGUUCCCGGCCAACUACGUGGAGCUGGUGUAACCCCCCCCCCCCCUCCCCGCAGUAACACAGAACCUCCCAGGAAAAGUCCUCCACUGGUCGCGCCGCUCCGCAUGACGGAAACGGCGAACGGACGCUCAACCCGAAGGCCCGGCCGUUUUUUUCCCCAAAUUGCUCCCGUUCAUACCAGCUCCUUGAUGUUGUACGCAGGUACGCACGCCACCGCCACCGCUUGACCUGUUAAAUGUGACGAGCUUUCGUUUCAAUCUUGACGUUUUCUGCGCAAUACGCAGCACUUGAGUCCACAUUCCUUUCAAAGUGACUUCUUUUAUCUGCUGUCAUUCCAUUAUUACUCGCUGAGGCCGCAGCAGGGGGGAAAAAAAAAGAUAGUGGUACGAGAUUUUGAGAUUAUGAGAAUUUGAAUCUUUUCUCUAGUUUGUUGCCUUUGCUUUCCAUAAGACCAAAUGUGUCCCCCUUCACGUGACUGAUCAUAAAUCAUGUUUGAAUUUCAAAUUGUUUAGACUGAAUUUGAAGUGGAUAUUUUUAACACCACCCGCUACACUCCCCCUCCCUCUUUGGUUGAUUCCCUUGUGAGGUGAGAGUGAAUACAAAUGAAUUUCCCUGCGGUGUGUGUAAUGUGUCCUUGGUCCUUUCACUUCAACUUUUUCAAGUAAACAUUCAAAAUGGCACGUUUGCGAUCAUGAGUCUGGAACAACAAUAAGAUGUGAGCUUACAUGGAAUCAGUCGAAAGCUUUCUUUCAUCUUUCUGCUUUUCAAAGUAUGAUUUUUCCCCACUCAGUUGACCACGUGAAAUUUGGAACACAUACAUGUGUGUCGUCUGUUCCCAGAGUCUAUAGUGUCCAGCCUUUGUAAUAAAACUUAAUAAAUCUG